GGACUUAAAAGUUUUAGUUCCAUCUAAACAGGGCCUUAUAAUAGAGUUGGUGUCACUUUACACUAAAGUUUUAGUUCCAUCUAAUCAGCGCCUUAUAAUAGAGUUGGUGUCACUUUACACUUGGGGGAAUAUAUUCGUUCGUACUGUAUGUGAUAGCUUUCACAUGACAGGUUUACUGCUAGUGUCCCCUCCACUAUAACAUGUCGUGUCCGACUGCAUUUGUCCAUUUCUCACAAGAAUAUGAGUGGGCCUUAGGCCAGUAGCAGUGCCAGGCACGCUACCGUGCCUUCAGCCCAAUCCAGCAAGGAUUUCGGCCCUAAAUUCAUCUCUAGGUCACACAUCCCACAGUGCUAGUGACCUCUCUCGUGACCUUCCUUCUUUUACGUGGGACCACAAUGCAGGGCCCACAAUGCAGCGGACCAAGAGUUCCCAGCCCAAGAAAUUAAUUCUCGCAACUACCCUUCUCUCGAACUCUCCACAUUGCUCCCGUUCUCCUCAUCCCGGUCGCGAGCUCGCCGAGAAGCACUCCGCCUCAGCCACCGGCGGCCGGCGCCGGCUCUCCUCCCUUCGCCGCCGGUGCCGGCUCUGCUUCUCCGACAGCCGCGGUUGCCGGCUCGCGCAAGUUCUGAACCCCAUCGCCCACGAGAUGGUGCUCAAGAUCACCGGCUUCGGUGGCUGCGGCGGCGGCAGCGGGGGCCGGCGUACUCGCGUCGGCGACGGAGGGAGGAGGCGGCGCUGGCCGCCGGUGGGGUUCAGUUUCUGCUCGAGGGCGGCAGCAGCUUCAGUCCGCCGCCAUGCGGAGGCAGGGAGGGGUCGGCGUGGCCUGGGGCGUGGCGGCGGCGGCGGAUCUCCCGACAACUACACCUCUUGCACACGGCGGCGGCGGAUCUCGGCGUGCGUGGCGGCAGAGCUCGGCGUCGACCUGACCAAGGUGGCGGCCGGGACGAGGGCGCGCUCCUCCUCAGCGUUCUUGGCGGCGGCUCAAGAACAGGCGGCGUGCUGCUCCGGCGCCGUUCCAAUCGAUGCCGAGGCCGCCAUGGAUUUGGUCCUCAUGGCGGCGAGGCUGAUGCCGGCGCGGGAGAAAGGACUCGGUGGUGGGAGGAUGAAUUGCAGGCGUGGGAAGGGAUUUUUCCAUGGGCGAAUCUGGAAUUUCUACGAGUGCUGCGUGCGCGAGGUCACGGGCGGCCAAGCACCGACGCCCACAGCGCUCGCUCCUCGCGUUUUUUUGGCGGCGCGUGGAUUCGACCGAGCAAGGUUGCGCGUUGCUCUGCUUGGGGACGAGCGACCAAGUUUGGUCCCGGUUCCACACGACACGUCGGACAAAAUCCUCCGUGGCGCCCCCGUAGCACCGGUCCAUGGUGGAGCACUGCUAGAAUAGAAUCUUGUCUCUUUUUCCCCGGUCAAUAAAGGAACGGCGGCUGAAUUAUAUUAACACAAAAAGCAACGAAGGCAAGCACUUUCAUCCCUAAAUGAAAACAGAGCCCCGGAGCAAAGCUGAAAGUUGGGGGGCGGGAGUGGAUAAGGUGUUCACUAGUAACCAAACUGCACGAACGUUCGUUAAUUAGGGCUUC